AUGUCGUCACUCAAAUACAUUCUGGGCGAUAACGAGGAUGAAUAUCAUCCGCCUACCCACAGGCCAUCGUCUACCCUAUCUUCAUCAGACUCGCAUGGCACAGAAGGGACACCAGCACACGCCAACACAUCGACCCUUGUCUACCGAGGAAGCAACAACAAACCAGGAAAGUCUAGCAAGCCUGGCGGUAGCAGCAGUAGCAGCUCAUCCAAGCCAUCCGGUUCCAGUUCAAAGACCGCCCAUCAUCAUUCCUCCAAGGGCAAGUCCAGCAACAAGGGCAAGCACAAAGCUGCCGAAGACGACAACCUUGACGUAGACGACUACGACUACGACCAAUCCUCCACCCAGCUCGCCAUGGACUCUGGCGCCGAGUACGGUUCCUCUGCGGAGGGUCAAUACUACCAGCAGUCACAUCAUGGCCACAGCCACCAUGGUCAUCACGGAAGCAACCGAGUUGGCCACGGCGGCUAUUACAUGGACCCUAACGCUGGGGCCGGUUACGCACAUUUGCAGGAUACUGCCGUCAUGCACAAUGCCGGUGUGGCCAUGGACGGCUCCUACGAAGCUGCGUCUAUUCACCAAUACGGCGCCAUGCACGGCAUGGACUCAUCGUCGAUGUCGGCGCACGGCGACAUGUCGGGGCACUACGGCGGCAUGGUUGCGUACACCGACCAUAGAGACACCAGCUAUACACCUGUAACCCGUCGUCAGAGUCGAGCCCUGAAGGGAAAGCCUGUCCACGUCUGUGACAGAUGUGAACCUCGCCGUACUUUCACGCGAGCCGAACAUUUGCGGCAAGUCUACAUGGCCCAACACGCCGUUUCGCGACACCGCCACCAGCUCAGUCACGAUGAGCCUCGCCAUAUGUGCACCUACCCCGGCUGUACCAAAAUCUUCUUUCGCACCGAUCUGCUGCACCGGCACCAACAGAAGCAACAUACAUGGAGGAUGGCCUCCAACGGAAGCGGCUCAAACGACAGUACUGACUGGCGCAGUAGCAGUGGGGAAGAGAUGCCGCAAGACGCCGACGACGGAGAGGCCGGACCAUCAGGUCGUCAAGGUUCGUCCCAGGCGAGCGAUUCCCCGGGCGGGAGUUGGGCCGCCACAGGAGCAGUACGGAGCACCACCUAUUUUUCUUUGUCAAAAGGGACCCCGGGAAGCAGGAGUGAUAAUAACCAUGACAGUAGUACUGAUCCCGACAUGAGCGAGACCCCCGCAGGCCGACGUAGACGCCGUCGACCAUCCAGCGUGGGGAGAGGUGAUCCCCAGGGUCACAGUGGGGUCGGACGGAAACGCACUAUUCGAUCGGAAGGGAAGACGAAAACAAAAAACCAAGACGACAAUCCACGUCCAAGCGACAGCCAAACACUCGGCGGGCAGUCGAACUCGCUGCAAACCGUCCGAACGACGGAUCUCAGCACCCACGACAAGAAAGGGAAGGAUACCAAGGGCGGGGAGAGUGGACGGGACAGAAAAACAAGGGCUGUCCGCAGAGCACAAGGCGUGGGCCUACACAGUGUCCUGGUCGGCUCUGCAGCCAGCAGCGCGCACCAACUGACCUUUCACGAAGAAACGGCGCCUGAAACCCACCCGAUGAGCACUAUUUCACCUCCUGCUGGCGACUUGCGACCGAGAGACGAAGCCCAAGACAACCCCUACGCACAACCUCGGUACCCCGGCCCCUAUAUGCAUACCCAGUCGUUGCAGACUCAUGCCGGUAUCUAUAGUCGUCACAAUCGCAAUCACACGCAAUCUGUCCCCGGCAUUGGGUGGCCCCCGUCAAGCAGCAGCGUGGCAGACGACAAUGCCAGCCAUAGCGGCACAACUGGCCCCAUGCCAUUGCCUCGCACCGGUAUGGCGGGAUCGAGCACAAUACCAAUCGACGACACAGAAGGCAUUGGCCACCCUCUACCCGUGUCCUAUUCCAUGGCCUCAGGCGGUUUUGCUGUUUCUGCCAACAGCAACGGUCCCGGCCCACUACUGCCGUCUGCACACGGCUAUGACCCGAUGCCGACGCACUAUGAGCAUCCUGUCAAUCCGCCCGCCGGCCCAGCAGUCUCGUUUGCCUCGGAAAGUGCGCCACCGCUCAUGGACUCCAGUCUGCCCCGCGACUAUAUGUCGCCCAGCAGCAGCUCUAGCCUUCGCCACAUCGAUGCCGCCAGCAGCUCGGGUAGUUGGACAACUUCGUAUACACUGUCCUCAUCCGUCAGUUCGUCUGCCAGGCAUGGUUGUACCACAAUGGACGAUUUGUAA